AAGCCCUAGGCGCUGAUGGGCGGGAAAAUUCUAGCUAGUAAACCUCUUAAAUGUGCUCGUCAUUCUUUAUUUUAGGUCAGUCAAGGAGCUCCCGGCGGAGAUAGCGAUCAGGUAUUUCUCUCUCGAUCACUGUAGCUACAGCCGAUCGAUCGAUCGGGCGCGCCGCGCUCCGGCCGCUCCAGCGAUGCCGAAUUCCAGGAAGAAAAUGGAGGGCCAGAAUCUCAUUUUCUACGCUUCCAUCGCUCAGGGGACCAAUAUUCUAGCCGAGUGCCUCGACGACGAUCCCGGAUUUGCAGCCGCCAUGGCGGAAUCUCUGGCUUCGCUCCCGCCGAUGCACAAGACCGUCACAUUUGCCGCGAACAAUCGCCUGGCGUGCUACCUCAUCCACCCCCCGCUCACGUAUUGUGGGGUCUUUGACGAAGUCUUUGGAAAGGAGCACGGGUUUACGUUCUUGGGCCAAAUCCAGAGCGAUUUUAGACGGCUACUGCUUCUCCGGGGCCUCCAGGAAGAUCGAGACGAGCUCCAAAACUAUCACUUGGAUCGUGACCUCUUGCCAGUGAUGAGAAAUGCGAUCAACGACGCUACCGGGAGGCAGUGUUACGAAGGCUUUUCGGAUCAAUCUUUCGACGAUAGUGUGCCUUUGAUGGGCAAGGGGCGGCUGGAGAGGAGGAUGUCCGGUGACUCUACGCAAGCGCAGUUCUCGUCGUCGUGCUCGCCGCUCGCCAGGGGCAAGUCGAGCAAGCACAAGCAGUACGAGCUCCGGGAGGUGGUGAUGGAGCGGUGUGACAAGUCCGAUGGUCCAGCGCAGGCAAUGGAAACCUCCUCGGGUGGCAAGAGUGUGGGGAACUCGAGGAUGAGAGCUCAGUGGCAAAGAAUGCGGUGCUGUUGCAGCAUGAAGUUUAUACUCGCGAUCGAUGCUGUCGUGUGCGUGGUCUUGCUCUCGGUCUGGCUGGCAGUUUGUAGAGGUUUUCGGUGCUAGAUCGUGACUAAAGGCUGUGGGGCAAUCAAUGAAUGCAAGUGAUAGACCAUGUGAAGUUCAUUCAAGGUGACUAUUUUUUUUCAAAAGAAUUGCCGGCAGCAAUGUACAUCUUGUUUAUUACAGCUCCUCAUUAGUCUUCUGUUCGGCAGUCUCCACGCAGCAGGAAGGUUAUGUUACAAGUGAUCAACAGCAGGAAUAGCAAUAGCAGCAGCAGCAGAACGAUACGAGAGAGGAAAGAAUAGAAAGUUCUCUCAAGUCCCCAGAGCGAGAGCUCUAUGCCGGUUCAUGUCAGUAUGAUAUUCAUUGCUCGUG